AUGCGCCUCGCCAAUCGUUGUGCUGCAUCCGAGCAAGUGAAGCAGGCCAUAAAGAACUUCAAGUGCUCCGUUUGUGAGGAGUUGAAACCUCCUGCCAUAAACCGGAAGGUCACCAUGCCACAUGUUGAACAACCCAACAAAAUGGUAGGUCUUGAUUUUGUCCAAGUAGAACUGAUUCGUGAUGAUGAGAACGGAGAGCAGGAGGAGCAGAAGUUCAACGUUUUGACCUGUGUUUGCAUGGCCACCGAUUUUUGUCAGCAAGUGGUCAUUCCUGAAGGAGCCGGUGCCUUGUCUCAAGCCUUCCAUGAAGCCUGGAUUAGACCAUAUGGUGCACCCGAAACCGUGUACAUGGAUCCAGCCUAUAUUCCCAUUGGCAGCUGGGAAGACUUGAAGUUGCGAAUAGAGUUUUACGUGGAAUGGCUCAGCGCGUUUGGAGAUCAUCGUCAAGACCGCCAAAGGAAUCAUGGAGAAGAGCAUGUGCCGGUAGGAACACUUCAUGAAGGUGAUGCCCCACCACUGGUUUCGCUUGAGCAGCCAUCAUCCAAGCGUCUCAAGACAGUGCCAGAGCAGCCUCAAGAGGAGAGAGCCGCGAGUGUUUCUUAUGAGCCGUCCAUAGCACCAUCCGUACUGGAUGAUGAAAUGCCAGACCAGGAGACAUUCAGUGAUCAGCCGUUGAACGCUGAUGAGAUUCCUCGAGCUGCAUCGUUGCUCCUCCGUGCCGUGAAGCAUGGUCAGGCGCAGCAUGUCCUUGGUUUUAUCAAAGAAGCUCCUGGAGCCAAGCCGUUUUGGGCUGGGUGCUAUCAUGUGAUGGAUGCAGCCCGUCCCUCAGGAUAUCAGGAUCCAAUGUCUAUGCCAUCUACGUCCAUGAAUGAUGCCUCGAAGCGUCGAGUCCCUGAUGACACCUUGUCUUGGGAGAAUGUGACUGAGAAUGGUGAGAGCCUGAGCGAUGCAUCUUACAUUGCAUCGAUGCCUGAGACGGUGAACAUUCCUCCGCCGUGGACUGAUGGAAGCAAUCCAUUGCUUCAGGUGAUGAAAGAAAUCCAGGAAGAUGUGAAGAUUCCCAUCCCUUCCGACAUUGCCAGUGUCCACAAAUGGGGAGAGUGCAUCUGUGAAACAGAGAAGUACCAGACGGCCGGGCUGAGCUACUAUGAGCUUGUGUUCAAGGCCAAGACCGAUUCAGACUGCAAGCAGUAUCUUUCGUGGAUCAAGGGCCGUUUUGGCUAUGUUCAAGGAAAGGAUCACCCACCUGAUAAGAUGACACCGGGUAAGGAUCUAGCCAGGUUCUUGCAAAGGAUUGGAUGGACGGGAACCGAGUCCGCCACUUCCUUCCACCGAAGAUUUAAGAAAUAG